GAUGUGUUUCCGGAAGACGUGGCUGUUGCUGCAGUGGCAGCUGUCAUCCAAAUUAUUUUAAGAGAAGCACUCGAAUAGCUUCUAUAAUAUUUUCUCUACUUCUAGUUAACAUUUAAUCGUUUAUCUAGCGUCAAGAUGAUUUCGCUAACGGACUCCCAAAAGAUUGGAAUGGGAUUGACAGGCUUCGGCGUGUUUUUCCUCUUCUUCGGGAUGAUCCUGUUCUUUGACAAAGCACUCCUGGCUAUUGGAAAUAUCCUGUUUGUUGCUGGACUCGCCUUUGUCAUCGGGCUGGAGAGGACCUUCCGCUUCUUCUUCCAGAAGCACAAGAUGAAGGCCACCAGUUUCUUCCUGGGAGGUGUGUUCGUGGUGCUGAUUGGCUGGCCCAUCAUCGGAGUCGUGCUGGAGAUCUAUGGCUUCUUCCUGUUGUUCAGGGGUUUCUUCCCAGUUGUAGUAGGCUUUAUCAGAAGAAUACCUGUCCUAGGCUCCAUCCUAAACCUGCCGUUCAUCAGCGCACCUUCGUAAGGCUCUGAGGACAAUCAGCAGUCGUGUAUGUGGACAAAGUGGGCGAAAGCAACACCAUGGUAUAACAGUGACUUUUUGUACAGCUAGCUGUUUGAGUACAGCAGGUUUUAUAAAGCAACACAAUCUCUCAUUGGGCUGAUUUAAAGCAGCUAAGGUUAUAUGUUCAGAUUCCUCCCUCCUCCAGCAGGCAAAGACUGCUCUCUGUCUUCUGUAAUUUCACUGGUCAGCGCUACCAAUCAAAGGUCCACAAGCGCACUGCACCACCAGUCUGUUACUAAAGGAUGGAGUUACUAAGGUUGCUACGAUAAAUAUUUCAAAUGCUAUUGAUCGCAUCCUGCAUGAAAAUGGAGGACAGACGACUCCCUCGAAGCCUCAUCGACUCGUCUACGUGACGUUCUUAAUUCAGUGGAGCAAACAGACAAAACAACCCCCCCUCCACGUAGAUGAGAAGUGGACCGACAGCUUACCAUGUUGUCAUGUUUCUGUGCCUGUGCUUUAACUUUAUUUGGACAAAAGCGUUUUAAGCGUUUUGUCUCUUUACAGUUUUUCCUGUGACACUUUGUUUCUUGUUUGUCUCUCGCAGCUAUUUGAAUACCAAAUGUGGCUAUUGUAAAAUCCUCCCAUUGUUACAUGUCAUUUCUGUUUGCUUGGCUAAUGAGUAUAAAUUAUUUUUUAAAUGAUCAGUGCUUGACUUUAUGUAUAGUGAGGUGCUAUGGGAUCUAUUUACUGUCUGUUUAUCGUUGACCCCAUAAACAUCUAAAUGCGUGUUCCAUUAAAGUCUGGUCACACCAGGAAGGCAACACCUAAUUCAUGCUGACACAUGGAUGGUGAGGUUCAUCCAGGUGCUGCUAGCAGCUUGGUGAUGUGUUGACUACACACAAGGCUGUAGCUGGUGACCUGACCACUAACAUGCUAACCAGCCAACAUGCUAGUGCUAGUCAGUUGCAAAUGCUCUCCAAGCUAGCUGGUUUGUUAACUGUCAGUAGCUCAGUCGCUAACUGGAAAAUACAGAGGCAGAAUAUUUUUGAGAAGCAAGAGGGAGAAAACAAAAAAAGGGUAAUUGAUUGAAAUAAACCACAAGCAAAUUUCAUUUAUAAAAGAAGGAUGGGACGUGAUCUCUUGUAUCAAUUUAAUGUACUUUUCAUGCUAAUCCGUUACUGACCAAAACACCUAAAAAUUGUCAAAGGAGGUCACACUCCAUAACCAAUCAACAACCAGAACAAGAUUGACAUUGUGUUAGUCCAAUAUAAUUUACAUAUUUCAUCUUCAAUUGUCUACCACUAUUGUACAUGAAUGUGACUUGGUGGUAAAGCAAGUGUGACCCAUGGUAAAGUGAGUCCAAAAUUAUUUUUUACUGAUGCGUUACCCUUUUUUUUUAUCGAGCAGUAGCUAGCUACCAGUUAGCACUUUUGUGCAGUGGGAGGAAGUGGAGAUGUGUGGUCCAUCUUUGUACACAGUCUUUGACCCUGUAGGACUGUUAACAUUGAGCUAAGCUAACAUUGAGAAUGGAUUUGGACAGGGGACAAGGGCGAAGUAGAGAUAAUUAGCCAACUAGUGUAAAAUAAUAUGAUGCCGUGUUGGUUUUCCUCACAGCCGCCACUGGAUCUUAUAGUAUUCAAGAAAUAUAUUUGUCGUUUCCUGUAUUGUAAAUGUACACACCAAGUCUCUUUUGUAGAAGAGUUGACACUCCAGCACAGCAGGGUUAUAUAAAAGCAGAUGGUGUCACACAGCUAAAAGGUUUUGCUAUAUCUUCCUCCGGCUUCCCAUACCUUCAAAACUCAGCAUCAUGAAGACUGUUUCCUGCCACUUGCCGCAAAUAGCAGAAAUUAAGCUGAAAUGAUUUGAUUUCUUUCGAACUUUAGUUGUUAUAAAUGCUGGUGUGACCUUUUAUUUCCUGUUCUAGAAAGCAUAUUGUUGGUUUUUUUGGAUAAGCAGCCAUUGUUUUCACUUCAUUUUAGUAGCUACACAACAUGCUGCAUAUAGCUCGUCUGUCGCAAGAAAUAUUUGUCAUUUUUAUUGACGAGAUGGUUUAUUUUAUUGUUAGAAGGCCUGCUUAUCAAAGCUCAAUACUUUUUUGAUAGCAACCAAUAUACGUCUGUGACAAGAAAUAUUGAAAAGUACUGAAUGUUUUCCAACAUUUGUAAACCUGUUAUUUCUGGAAUCUUAUUUUUUAACAGAUCACUUCCACUUUAAAUCAAGAUUUUGUGUUGUCAAAGAAAGGGUACAGAAAGAAAAAAAACAUUGCUUUGUAUUGGUACUGAAACUUUUUAUUGACACAAAAUUUUCAAACAAAUGCCAACUUCCAACAUUUAAGAUGUAAGAAUUGGUUAAAUAUCAAUUUUUUUUUGGUGCCAAAGCAAAAUCUGUAUUUUUGAAGAACAAAGUUUCCUUAAAAAAUUCUUAUAUAGAACAAUGAAACAUGGAUUAUAUGAGCUGCAUGGUUUUAUUUUCUGCAAGCUGAUUGUCAUACUAACCAAAACUUUAUGAUGUCCUUUGGAAAAUAGUCAGCGAUGUAAGUGUACACCAUUUAUUUUAAAAAAGAUAGCUGUGGUUUAUUUAAACUUGGGCCCUAUGAAAGUCCUAAGACCUCAGUGGUAAUAAAUAAAUCUUAUGGUCGACUACAACAUAUAAAGCACCAGUUUAUCCCUUGAUUUCAGUAACUCAGAGCAGUCAGUGUUUUUAUAAACAGAUGAACUCUUUAUAAAUCUGAAAACUUAACCUUGUAACAUGAUCGCACUGUAAAAUGUGAAGCAGCUGCGUAAUCACAUAUUUGUGCUCCUACAGGCUUUAUAUGUGAGUGAGUAUUAGUUCUAGAGAAUCCCUCUCUGUUCAUUCAUUUACUCAUUCAUUCAUCCAGUGUCCUUAAACUGUCUGUUGAACAGAUCCACACAGGUUUUAAAUGUUGAGAUUCUCCCGUUUUCAUUUUGUUUGUGAGAGAAAAAUUCUUCAUUAUUUCAGACGUCGGUCACUAGAGCUGAAUAAAUUCAUUCUUCAUCUGUUCAGAGCGUCGAAGAGAAAAACUCAAUUUACCUGUGAAAUGACAGUUUUGCUGUAUGGCAAUUUUGUAAAUAUACAAUGAAAGUUAGCUUUGUAUCUGA